AUAUCUCGGAUGGUCUCAGCGAUCUUUGGCCCCAGGAGCACAAACCUCAAGCAGAAUAUGCUGAUCAAAUUGAAGGCGGUGUAUACUCUAGUAGAGCAACUGUACAUCGGGUCACAACGUGCCUUGGCCGUUGUAGCCUUAUCAAAUGAUGUGCCCCACCUCUUGCAAGAUGUGUUACAACGGCUUGCUGUACUUCCUCAGCGGAUUCAAGAGUUGAGACGGGCCCAAGCAAGAGCCGGAGCAAUAGCCGCUUUGAGUCGGGCCAAAGCCUGGUUACCAGAGCUAGACCCGGCCGACAUCGCUCUUGGGUAUCCAAGUUUAAAGGAGGAUGGCACUCCAUUUGAUGAAAAGGAUUUCACCACCUGCGUGAGGGAUAUACGCCCUGUGGCCACUCAAAUUGGAAACGACACUGACCUCACCAAGUGUCAGCCGGGUUAUGACAAGGAGAAUCGGAGAAUCCCCAUGCCGCAUUAUGACGAUAAAUGUCUUGCAUUGCCCUGA